AUGGCUCGGGUGCAAGGACAAAGGAAGCAAAGCAAUUUCGCGGGCCGGCAUUGCCAGUUUGCCUUUUCCGGCCGUUGUUACAAACGGUACUUUGCUCCAGCUUUUAGGGUAAGGAAGUGCCGGACCUCUGCUUUUAAGGUAAGGCACCUAUGGAGCGGUGAGCAGUAA